CUCUGAUCGGAUGGGAUUAGUAUAGAGGAGGCUACAGCUACAGAACUUCACUAUCGCAACUGGGAUUCUACAGUGUCUUCUAAGCUAUUUUGCGGGGAAGCUCAACAACCGGCCGCCGCCAUGUCUGUGCCUUUUCACGAUUACCAAGGGAAUAUGAUGGAGGGAGAAGCUAGGGAUCUCCGGAAGGACAAACUGCUGCAGGACGAUCGCAUUGAUAGCGGCCUGGACUCCCUGAAGGAGGAGGAAUACACGGCUAUCAUUACUGACCUCAGCAACAUGAGAAUGGAGGGCCCGCCGGACACAUCGAACUAUGAGCCGGAGCCAUGGAAGAAAGAGGUCAACGAAGAUGGAGACACGUUUCUCCAUUUGGCAAUUAUCCAUGAAGAGAAAACCCUGGUGAAGGAGGCAAUCCAACGUUCAUACAGGGACCAUUUUUACCUGAACAAGCAGAAUAAUCUGCACCAGACAGCACUACAUCUGGCAGUAAUCACCGAACAACAAGACAUCAGCCAGUCACUUCUCCAGGCUGGUUGUGAUCCAGAAAUCCAAGACUUCUGUGGCAACACCGCCUUGCACAUUGCCUGCAAGCAGGGCUCGCUUCGGGGAGUUGGGGUCAUUUUCCAGUAUUGUGAGAAACAACUGCCAGCACUUCUGCAAUCUGUGAACUAUGAUGGUCACACGUGCCUCCACCUGGCAUCGAUCCAUGGCUAUCUUGCAAUUGUGGAAAAUCUCAUUAAUAAGGGGGCUGAUAUAAAUGCCCAGGAGCCUUGCAAUGGUCGCACUGUGCUGCAUAUGGCCGUGGACCUGCAGAACUACGACCUGAUGAAACUGCUGCUUAAGCACGGAGCAGAUGUAAACAGAGUCACGUACCAAGGCUACUCUCCGUGCCAGCUCACAUGGGGCAGAAAUAACAUGCUGAUUCAACAACAGCUGGUUGAAGUGACACACAAGAAUUUGCAGUACCUUCCAGAGAGUGAAGAGGAAGACAGUUCUGACUCCGAAUAUGAAUAUAAUGAUGAUGAGCUUAUGUAUGACGACUGCAUCAUAGGGGGGAGGCCGCUGCAUUAGACUGCUGUGUGUGAACUAAAAAAAAGAAACUAUAAGGACAGACUCUCAUUACUAGAGGACAGCACUGGAGCCAGUGACUUCGGGGUAGAAAAGGAUCCUCUGAAAGUUGAGGCGUGGAGGUGCUUGUGCUGUUCCAUGGUGACCGAUGUUCUACACGAGAAGCUUCCUGUGUUACAUAUCCUGCCGCAUCAAGACCACAGCUAUGAAUUAAAGAGCUUAUUCCUUGAGCAGAUAAAGAGAGGAUGCUGCAGAAGGAACUCUAAUCUGUCAUUAACAUCAUUGUGAGGCAGGGCGACCAAUACCAUGAUACUGACAAUGCCCUUCAAUGCCAACAUGAAAUAAAUGGCUCAUAAAUACACUGUGUUGAGGACCUGACUAAUUAUAGCCAGAGAGCAGAUUGUUAAAAUAAACUACACACUGUAUAUAGUGUAAAUAAAGUACAGAGAUUAUUUUUAUAUGCAAAGUUUAUAUUUUAUAUAAAAAAAAGAAAAGAAAAAAAAUAAAUAAAUAAUUGUUUCCAAA